CCGGUAAGCGUUGUCUAUGUGCGCGCGAGGUUUAAGUCAAAGAAGCGCCUCGCGCCAGUUAGUCACUUCGUGUCCGCGCGGACAGUCAAACAAAACAAACCGUCCAUCCGGAUAAAACUUGAUUUUUUCAAACAUGGCAACUCCACCGAAGAGACCGCACCGUGCUCCCGACAGCCCGCAGCUUGACGGCAGCUUCUCCCGCAGAGGAAAGAAGAUCUCCAUCGAGGGAAACAUCGCUGCAGGAAAGUCCACCUUUGUGCGUCUCCUUGAGCAGGAGUCGAACGAGUGGGAGGUGAUUCCUGAACCCAUCGGAAAGUGGUGCAACGUCCAGAACGACAGCGACGAUAUUUACCAGGAGCUAAGUUCCUCCCAGAAGAGUGGAGGAAACCUGCUGCAGAUGCUAUAUGAUAAACCAAGCCGCUGGUCCUACACCUUCCAGAGUUACGCGUGUCUCAGCAGGGUUCGCUCUCAGCUUCAGGCCCCGUCGGUCAAACUUCAGCAGGCUGAGAACCCCGUUCAGUUCUACGAACGCUCCGUCUACUCAGACAGGUACGUGUUUGCGUCCAACCUGUUUGAGUGCGGUAGCCUGACAGAAACAGAGUGGAGUGUUUAUCAGGACUGGCACACCUGGUUACUGAACGAGUUUGAACCGGACAUCGCCCUGGACGCCAUCAUCUACCUGAGAGCUCAGCCACAGCGCUGUAUGCAGCGCCUGCUCCACCGGGGCAGGGAGGAGGAGCAGGGGAUUCCUCUAGAGUAUCUCGAACAGCUGCACUUCAAACAUGAAUCCUGGCUGUUCCACAGGAACCUCAGGUUGGACUUUCAGUACCUGAAUGAUCUCCCUGUUCUAAUACUGGACGUCGACGACGACUUCAAGAACGACCGUAUCAAACAGCAAGUCAUUGUCGACAAGGUCAAAGAGUUUCUCACGACGCUUUAGAAGUCCAUCCACCAAUCACAGCCCAUGGUGUGAGCCAUGGGCUCGUCUGAUUGGUCGACCCAGUUACACUUUGUAAAUGUUUCUCUUGUUUUAAAUUUUUUUUACUCAUGUUUUUACUUUUUCUUGACCUCAUGUACAUUUAUAUCAAUUUAUAAUUUUGUAGAUAGUGUGUGUGCGUGUGUGUGUGUGUGGUAGUGAGCGAGAGUGUGAACACCAUGUAAUUACUUGAAUUAGUUUGAUAUUUAUGCUGCAGUCUGAAUCAAAUAGUUUGAGGUGUCAUUGAAUGCACCACGAUGCCUUCAGGGACAAACAGUAUUAGAUCUUUCCAUAUAUCAUAACCGCUCAUCCUUAUCAGGGUUGCGGGAAGUUUGAACUUUUUAUCUCUGUAAAUAUGUUUUGAAUAAAGAAACUCAGACUGAUGUGUUUGAUUUGACAUUAUCACACCAAACCCUGUUUAAAUUCAUAAUAUUUUAA